UCAGAAUUUUAAUAUAUCAAGCUCUACUAAUUGUUUCUUCAGCUCUGGGCUCUAUCUAACCAUCUUUCCCUAUGCGUUUCUUCAAUCGAAAAGAUAUAGCGGUGAACUUCACAGCUGAAAAGCAAAUUUCGGCGCAGAUAACAUGUUCAAGGGGGUCUACAAUGGCAAGCAUUACCAUUUAGCUGAUAUUCCGGCUGUUCUCACUAGGGCUUGGAGUGCUGGAGUUGAACGGAUAGUCGUCACUGGUGGGUCGCUGGAGGAAUCAAGGGAAGCCCUGGCUAUAUCAGAAACCGAUGGAAGGCUUUUCUGUACUGUUGGGGUGCAUCCUACCAGAUGCAGGGAAUUCGAUGAGAGUGGGGAUCCGGAACAGCACUUUCAGGCACUUUUGUCUUUGGCCAAGGAAGGAAUUGAGAAAGGAAAGGUGGUGGCAAUUGGUGAAUGUGGGUUAGAUUAUGACAGGCUUCAGUUUUGCCCCUCUGAAAUUCAGAAAAAGUAUUUCGAGAAGCAAUUCGAAUUAGCCGAUGCUAUGAAGCUACCAAUGUUCCUUCACAUGCGUGCGGCUGCUGAAGAUUUCUGUGAGAUUCUGGCACGAAACAAGGAGAGGUUCAGGUCAGGGGUUGUCCAUUCCUUCACUGGAAGUGCAGAAGAUCGGGAUAAGCUCUUAUCCUUCAAUGAUCUAUUCAUAGGUGUAAAUGGUUGCUCCUUAAAAACGGCUGAAAACCUUGAUGUUGUAAGGGGCAUUCCAGUUGAAAGAAUGAUGAUAGAGACAGAUUCACCAUACUGUGAAAUCAAGAACACACAUGCUGGAAUCAAUUUCAUAAAAUCUUUGUGGCCAUCUAAGAAGAAAGAUAAGUAUGAUCAGAAUUGUAUUGUUAAAGGUCGCAAUGAGCCUUGUUUGGUUAGGCAAGUCCUCGAAGUAGUUGCUGGUUGUAAAGGAAUUGUUGAUGUACAUCAACUGAGCAAGACUUUAUACCAUAAUACUGGCAGGGUCUUUUUUCCUCAUGACUUGGAUUCCAUGGCAGAUGCUCUUCUCACUGACAGUCAUGAUAUUCAGUGACAAGCUUCAUUGUGUUUGCAAGAUGCAAAAUAUUUGAAGUAUGCUCCUCUUCAGUUGAUGUGGGUUCAGGCCCACUGGGAGGACGUGAUAACUGUAAAUUGUUCCUUUCAGGAGAGAC